AUGUCCUCGCCAUCCACACCACGGUCGACGCGUUCCGUGUCGCCCGCGGGCGAUUCGCCGAACAUUAUCACUCCUGGCCAGAAGAUCAAGGCUAUGAUGGCGGCAUUCGAUAGCGAUUCGGAGGACGAUACUCAAAUUGCCAAGUCAACAGAUGCUGUCUCGAAGCUUGAUCUAGGCCGUGGGUUAGUCCGGAACGCUAAUGCACGCGAGAAUGACCUGUUGCACGACUCAGACGAAUCAGCCAGUGCGGAUGAGGUUUUCCGACCAAAAGGCCGUAUGGCUGCUCGUUUACAGGGUAAUGCCAGGUCAGCUGAAACUGAGGACGGAAAUUCUGCAUUUGCCCGUGUGUCAAAGGCUUUCCGAUCAGAAAAAGAACAGGGCGAGAAGCCACAGCAGACAGAACCACAACCUACACCCAGCGACGAAUCUAGUGAUGAUGAUCUACCUACGGCCGGUCCGAGGAGAAAGCACAAAUCCACAACCAACUCCCCCAAGCCCUACAACAGAACGAGCCAAACCCCUUCCCGUUUAAGAGCCGACUCUCCUCUCUUUGUAUCCUCUCCAGGCGAACCGCAUGACGAUCCACACACCGAAAACGAAGACACAGAAAAUGCGGCAGGGAAGAAGCCUAGAGGAAACGCCCGUUUCCUGUCUCUUGUUGCCCAAAAGCGCAAGGAACGUGAGGAGCGCGAGAAGGCCGAUGCCGAAACCAAGAAGGCCAUCCGAAAAGUUCAGCUGGAACAGUUCAGCUCACAGAUAGUCUCAGGCGAGGAGAGCGGUGCUGAUGAUCCUCGUUCUGCCAGCAAGCUCUCCCAGAAGGCUCGUCAGCCCCGGAAAGCUAGCAAAAAGGCACUGGAUGAGAUGAAGCAGGAGACUCAGCGAAUGAGCCGUAACAUGCAAUUAGCUCACCAGGCCAAGACAAUAAAGAAGAUCACCAAGGAAAGCCUCUUCGCAAAAUUCAACUUUAUGCAACCCGAUCCCCCGGUCGAGCAGCUCGCGGCAAACUCAUCGUCAGCGGUCGGAUCACAAAAUUCCUCUGACGGAGAACUACGCAACAAAACCGAAGACACUCCGCAUACUUCUCCAGUUCUCGGCCAUUUGGAUGCCACUAAGUCGACCGCUAAUUCUGAGCAUGCUCAAAUUGAAGCAACGGAUGUGGAUAUGGAUAUGGAUACGGACAAUGAAGAUUUGCCUGAUCCGAACGUCCUCAUGGCGCCAAAUCAGUAUCCUGAAUUGUUCGAGGGCCCUCCAGUUCAAGAUGUCUCGGCCUCUGUACCCGAAUUCAAAUCCGAGGGUGCCGAAUCGAAGAGAGUUUUCCGAACACUGACACAACGACCUAUCCGCGUGCUGCUUUCCAGACAAGAGGUUGCUGCGCACCAGAACGACGCAGACGAUUCCGAUAGCGAUCUUGAGGUGAUAACAUCCCCUGGCAAGUGCCGUGGCAUUGCCGCGUUCGAAAACUUGCCUACCAGACAGGCACAGGAAGACCCCUCUAUGACCAAGCUCAAGGCAUUGGCACACCUGACAUCUCCUACCCGAAAAAUGGCUUCCAUGAACUCCGCAGAGCUUUCCGCAAAUCUAUUAUGGCGGGCCCGACAGCAAGCGGCCAAGGAGCGCCAGGAGCGGCUGGAUGAGCUCAGGUCCAAGGGAGUUGUCAUUGAAACAGCCGAGGAGCGUGCAGCGAUGGAAGAUGAUAUGGAAAACCUUGUCGAGAAAGCGCGCAAGGAGGGAGAUGAAAUUCGCCGACUAGAGAAAGCUGCUUUGAAGAAGGCCAACGGUGACGACGAUGAAGAAGGGGAUGAUGACUACGAGCUUUCCGGCUCUGAUGAGGAGGGUGAUGUCGAAGCAGACGAUGAAGAUGACCAAGAGGAAGAAAACGAGCGCGUCAAUGGUGGCGGGGAUCUCGGUGAAGAGGAGGCCGAUGAAGACAACGAUUCGGCUGAUAACGAGAGUGAGGUCGCUCCUUCAGAUGCAGAGAACGAGAUGCCUGCCCUGAGACGGAAGCGACGAACUCUAGUAGUUAGCGAUGACGAAGAUGAUGAUCAACUACAAGCACCCUCAACGCCUGUGAGAGCCCCGAGUUUUGUCCCGCAAUCCGUCGAACGACCCAACUUCCUUGGCAUGGGCACACUAGGCGAUAUGGCCCUAGGUCUCACCCAGGCAUUUGCCUCCACAUUGGAUGGCAAUGGCGUUGGCACCCAAGAAGAAUCUGCCACCAUACCAUUCUCUCUCCCAGACCCUGGUCAGCCUGUUCCUCAACUUCGAAAGGAGGAUUCGGAGGUUCUUGUUCCGGACAGCCAGCCGCAGACCCAGGAUAAAUACUUUAUGGAGACCUACACGCAGAGUGUGACCCGAGUAUCGGAGUCGCCUGCGCCAUAUGCCUUCUCGGAGUUUUCCCAAUCCCAGCUGCCCGACCCAACCCAGGAUGAGGGCUUUGUAUUCUCACCAUUCGAUCCUGCAAAAAGAUUCAAGGCUACCCCACCCAUGUCUACCAUCGACACGGUCCUUGUGGGUCAAACUCAAUCGCCCAUUGCUGAACGCAAGCGCAAAAUGUUGCGGCGAGGACGUGCAAGCGAACUUCUUCAAGUCGAGAAUGAUAACGAAGGUGACUUUGAAAUCGACGCCAACGCUUUCAACGUGAUGAAGAAAGAUAAGGCUGUAAAGAAGAAUCAUGCUAUGCAAUACGACAAGAAAACCAGCAAGGCGAAAGAUAUUAUCGAUGAGGCAGCCGAAGAAUCUGAAGAUGAGUACGCAGGCCUUGGAGGUCACAGUGACGAAAGCGAUGGCGAAGAAAAUGCCAUUGAUCGCCAAAUGAUCAAUGACAACAGUGGCGAGGUGGUUGAUGAGAAGCAAUUGGCCGCACUCAACGCGAUUCACGACCGCAACCGCGAUGAGAAAGAUGUCGCCAAAUUGAUGAGAGACAUCACCACUGGAGCCCUCCGUCGUCGCAAAAACGUGGAUGACGACUUUGAUCUUGAUGACUCGGAUGAUGAGCUCCUAGCUCGUCGUCGUGAAAAGCAGCGCGAGUUCGCUAAGAUGCGCCGCGCUCUGCUUGCAGACGAGAAAAUCGGCGAGAUUGCCGACAACCCCAAGAAGGCAGCAUUCUUCAAGGCAGUUGAGGAUCGCGAAAUUGAUGAUGACUUCAAUAUCGACUUCUUAGAGGAAGAAGAGAACGGCUCCCAAGCAGAAACUCCGCAGGCUCCCGUUUCAGGAGAGCAGUCGAAUGAUGCGACGAGCGAUGGUCAGAGUCGCAAGCGCCCUCUCGAGCCAUCAGCUGAAGAUGCAACCAAUCGUCUGCCGCCUCGCCUCCGUCGCACCCCUGCCAGCGCAAUGUCGAAGAAACCAGCCACAAUAGCAGAGAUCCGCGAAACGUUGUCCUUCCUCACUGAAACCUUCGAAUACGACUCCUUCCAGGACGAUGCUUCACUUGAUGAGGCAGAACACGAGCAAGGAGAUGAUGAAACUCCCGGCGCGGAAGAAGCCCAAGCCGAUGACGAUCAACCGCAAUCGGAUAAUACCUUCAUCAAACCCAGCCACCCACGCCGCACGCGCGGAGUCGUGGUCGACCGCCUUGCACUCCUCCGACAAGCAUCGUCCAACUCCGCCACAUCCACCAACUCUGGUCCUGCAAACUCCAAGCUUGCAUUCUACAGCGGCAGCGGUGGAGAGGGUCAUAUUGGAUUCCGCCCUCCUCAACUUCUACGUCGUGUUACAUCUGGCUCUUCAUCUUCCAGUAGUUCGACCACCUCCAACCGUGUCACCAAACCUGCAGCUUCGGGUCCUAAGAAGGGCGGUGCCGUCAACUCAUACACAGCUGCGCGUGAGCGUGAGCGUGAAAAGGAGCUCCGCAUCAAGCAGCGCAGCGGGGGGUCCAACAUUGCCAAGUUGCUGGGUAAGCAUACUGGUGGUGGUUUGGGUGCGUUGGAUAAGGGCCAAUGGGACUGA